CCCCAGCUGGUGCCUGCGUGCGCGGAGGUGCCCGCGUCCCCCGGGGAGAGGAGCGCGCGUGUCCCACCCUCCUGCCCCGUGGUGAGCCCGGCUGGUGCCCCCCGCCCAACAUGCUGAGCCGGGCGCCCGGUAUAAUAUUCUUGGAAGUACUUGAUAGUGUCUGUCACCUGUAUCAGAGCACCACAGUUCAAGUUUAGCCCUUUCUACACACACUGCUCAGAACAUGGGGGAAAACGAUGAUGAAAAGCACAGCCAAGGUGGCCAGAUAUUUGAAAACUUUGUACAAGCAUCAACAUGCAAAGGUACCAUUCAGGCCUUUAAUAUCCUCACCCGUCAACUUGAACUAGAUCCAUUGGACUACAGAAAUUUCUAUACUAAAUUGAAGUCAAAGGUAACCAGCUGGAAGGCCAAAGCUUUGUGGAACAAGCUUGAUAAAAGAGUAAGUCAUAAAGAAUAUAAGCGAGGAAGAUCUUGUAUGAACACUAAGUGUUUGAUUAUUGGAGGUGGUCCAUGUGGUUUGCGGACUGCCAUAGAACUUGCCUUUCUGGGAGCCAAGGUUGUAGUUGUGGAGAAGCGGGACACUUUCUCAAGAAACAAUGUGCUGCAUCUCUGGCCUUUUACAAUCCAUGACCUCCGGGGUUUGGGAGCGAAAAAAUUUUAUGGAAAAUUCUGCGGAGGAUCUAUUGACCAUAUCAGUAUUCGACAACUUCAGCUUAUCCUCUUCAAAGUUGCACUUAUGCUGGGAAUUGAAAUCCACGUGAACGUAGAGUUUGUGAAAGUUCUGGAACCUCCUGAAGAUCAGGAAAACCAAAAGAUAGGUUGGCGGGCUGAAUUUCUCCCAAUGGAUCACCCUCUGUCAGCGUUUGAAUUUGAUGUUGUUAUUGGUGCAGAUGGUCGCAGGAACACUUUAGAAGGUUUUAGAAGGAAGGAGUUUCGUGGAAAGCUGGCUAUAGCUAUCACAGCCAACUUUAUCAACAGAAACACAACUGCAGAAGCCAAGGUAGAGGAAAUUAGUGGUGUCGCUUUCAUCUUCAAUCAAAAAUUCUUCCAGGACCUUAAAGAGGAAACGGGAAUUGACCUGGAGAAUAUUGUUUACUACAAAGAUAGCACUCACUAUUUUGUAAUGACAGCAAAAAAGCAGAGUCUUCUGGACAAAGGAGUGAUUAUCAAUGACUAUAUUGAUACCGAGAUGCUUCUCUGUGGGGAAAACGUAAACCAGGACAAUCUGCUGUCUUAUUCAAGGGAAGCUGCAGACUUUGCAACCAAUUACCAGCUGCCUUCCUUGGAUUUUGCGAUUAAUCACUAUGGGCAGCCAGACGUGGCUAUGUUUGAUUUUACUUCCAUGUAUGCCUCUGAAAAUGCUGCGCUAGUAAGAGAAAGGCACAGACAUCAGCUCUUAGUUGCCCUUGUUGGAGAUAGUUUACUUGAGCCCUUCUGGCCGAUGGGUACCGGCUGUGCAAGAGGCUUCCUAGCUGCUUUUGAUACAGCAUGGAUGGUGAAGAGCUGGGAUCAAGGAAAGCCCCCACUAGAGAUCCUUGCUGAACGAGAGAGCAUUUAUCGACUAUUGCCCCAGACUACACCCGAAAAUAUCAACAAGAACUUUGACCAGUAUACCAUUGACCCAGGAACACGCUAUCCCAACUUGAACUCCAGCUGUGUUCGACCUCAUCAGGUUAGACAUUUGUAUGUUACAAAUGAGCUACAACAAUGCCCUCUUGAAAGGAUCAGCUCUAUUAGAAGAUCAGUGAAUGUCUCAAGGCAUGAAUCCGAUAUUCGACCUAAUAAGCUUUUAACCUGGUGUCAGAAACAGACAGAAGGCUACAGGAACGUUAAUGUCACUGAUCUCACUACUUCUUGGAGGAGUGGCCUUGCGCUGUGUGCAAUUAUGCACCGCUUCAGACCUGACCUCAUUGACUUUGACUCUUUGAAUGAAGAAAAUGUUGUUGAAAACAACCAGCUGGUGUUUGACAUUGCUGAACGAGAGUUUGGAAUUCCUCCAGUAACCACUGGGAAAGAGAUGGCGUCUGCUGGAGAGCCUGAUAAACUUAGCAUGGUCAUGUACCUCUCAAAAUUCUAUGAGCUAUUUAGAGGAACCCCUCUGAGAGCAGUUGAUGCUGUGGAUAAGCAAAAUGGAGAAAAUAAUGACCUUUGCUCAGCAAAAUCAUCAAACUUCAUAUUUAAUAACUACAUCAAUUUAACGUUACCAAGGAAGCGAGUACCAAAAGUUGAAAGGAGAGAAGAAAAUGAUAUGAACAAAAGGCGUCGAAAGGGCCUUGGUGGCUUUGAAGAGGCUUCACGUUUUUCUAGUCGGGGUACGAAUUCUGGUAAAGAUCAGGGCGACAGAGAAGGAAUGAAUCAAAAUAAAGUAAAGUCAAUGGCAACGCAGCUGUUGGCAAAGUUUGAAGAAAAUGCCACAAACACAUCUCUCCGGAGACAGAAGAAAGCUCAGUCCGUAGCAAAUAGGGAAUUUCAUAAAAAGAACAUUAAAGAGAAAGCAGCUCAUCUUGCCUCAAUGUUUGGAUACGUGGACUUACCAAAGGGAUCUCUGCGAAAAGAAUUUCCUCAGACUAUAGGUGGCAGUGACAUCUGUUAUUUCUGCAAGAAACGGGUAUAUGUCAUGGAGCGCCUGAGUGCAGAGGGCCACUUCUUUCAUAGGGAAUGCUUUAAGUGUGAUGUAUGUUCUACAACGCUCCGCUUAGGAAUCUAUGCUUUUGAUGUAGAAGAAGGUAAAUUUUACUGCAAACCUCAUUUUACACACUGUAAAACAAGCAAUAAGCACAGGAAGAGACGAUCUACAUUAAAAACGCAAGAGAAAGUGGAAACAGAAAUGUGGACGCAAGAGGAACCCAAGCACCCAGAAACCACCACAGAAAGUAUUACUUCUACUAUUAGCAGUCCAGAGGACAGGCCCCCAGGUAUCAUGACUUCCUUCUUUAGGAAAACUCUAAGCUGGCCCCUUAGGGUGACGAGGGAUCUGCUUGACAUUCCAAGACGCCUGUCUAACUGGAUGCAUGGUUUUCUGCACGCUACCAAUCUUCAUUUGAGGGACAAUGCAUACAACUAUACCUAUUUGUAUGAACUCUUGAGCCUUGGUGUGCCAUUCCUGUGUGCGCUGCUAGAAGUACUUACUCAUAUGUACCGGGAAGCAGAGCUAUCACUUGAAAACAUGCUUGAAUGGGUGAAAAAGUUCUUUAGGGUUUACUACUACCUCAAUAUAGCAGAUGAACCUACCUCUCCUAAGAAGCCUAAGAAUGCCCCUGAGCACUAUGACUUUGAGAGCAGGUGUUCGGCCCUUUCCUCUGAUUGGACUUCUGUGAGAAUCAUCCCAGAGGAAGAAAUGACAGAGCACAACCUUCUGGCCAUUCGAGUCAUGGUAACCAGUGAUGGGAGCAGUUCAGAGCUGGAAUCUGAUUUUUAUGGUGACUCAUCGAACUCUGAAAUUAGUGAAGGACAGAUCUCAUUGCCUGAGCCUGUGUCCUAUACAAACCCCAUAAGAGAGCGUGCAUCGCUGACCACCACUUCUGUGAAGAAAGAGGAGUGCCGUGAAAAGUCCAAAGCUGCCGAUGCACUACAAAGAGCCAAUAGUUUCCACUCCUCUACACUGAAUAAAUACCAGAAUUGGAGAAGAAAAAUUCAAACUAAUUUCCCUCUACUGUACAGCAAGAGAGUUGGGCUUCAUUCACAGGAGAGCUCUGCCAGAUCUCAGAGUGCUCUUGAUGAUGAUGUUUCUCAAUCACAGUUGACAUCUCAAAGCAAACCACCAGAAAUUGCAAGAGGACUUUUCAAACCCUACAUCCCAGUGUUUCAAAGAAAGCCAAAAGCCAAAGAGACACCUGAAGAAAUCCGCCAAUAUGUGCCCCAUCACCCACUUCAGAACAGUACUACUGGAUCUCCAUUGAUGCAUUCUGGAAAUGUUACUUCAGUUGCUAAUGUAUAUAAGCAUAGAGAUGAAAAUGCUAACAAUGAGGAAUAUAAUGUAGGUAACUUGAAUGAGAGUGAAGAAUGUACCACCAGAACAGGAGCCUUCAAUAGAAAAAAUAUAGAUUUUUCCUCUCUAGACACAGAAAAAAAAGAUGAAAGAAAUCCAAGACAGCUGAAAGUACAGCCUGACCUAGAAAUAAAUGAAAUAAAAAAACAGAUAAGAAACAAAUUAAUGCUUGGUGCAGAGCAGCAAUCCAAAUUACUUGAUUUGAACAAUGCAGAUCUAGGUGGAAAAAAACCAGAACAUCAAAGCCAAAGAAUGCUGGAAAUUUCAGAAUGGAAGGAUGCUCAUGGUAAUAUGGGAAAAAACAUAUUCAAGCAAUCCAGUCUUUCUGUACUUCUUCCAUUUGCAAAUGAUGCUUUGCCAACUUUAUCAGCAGACACAAAAGAUAUUCCAAAGAGUCCAGACAGUUCUGUAGAAGAACAUCUGUCUAGCCAACCGAAAUCACCAUUGAGACUAAUUGCCAGUGCAAUAAAGAGAUCCAUUCUAGAACCUCUUGUGUCUCAUCCAGAAAGCAUGAAAAAGAGCCCAGACAGUAAAGCCAACCCUACUUCAGAACACACCUUUUUCAAUUCCCCUAAUACGUCUGGUUGCUCUGUACAUUUAAGGAACAGUAACGGUAAUAGAGAACAUGACGUGCAGCCACAAGAAUCUAAUAGACUGGAAACGAGAAGCUCAGUCACAAACCCACCUAGUCUUUCCUGUAGUCUUGAAGAGAAAUCUUCAUGUGAUUCCACAGAGGUAUUGUUUCCGGUUUACAGUUUGCACACAGGUCCUUCCAAAGCUGCUGUUACGCCUGAAAAUUCAUCUGGUGCAAAGACGGAGGAUGUACCCAGUCUCCUAGAAAACUUUACUCUUAAAGAAACUCCACAGAGGGCUUCCACUGAUGACUUAUGUAUUUGUAACCAGAAGAACCUUCUUUUUUCAUCUCUAAGUCUCAAGAACAAAACUUCCGAGGACAUCCUUGGAAAUCCUGCACAAAUGAAUGAUAUCUGUGCGCUCUUUAGUAACUUGAGGAAUAAAGUCAAUGAAAGGGAAAAGAACGAUUCCUUAAAGUCAUCUAUGUCCUUCAUUAACAACCUUUCCCCAGAAAAAGUGCUAAAUAAUCCUUCCACUGAUGAGGACUCAGGCUCUGAACACCUAUCUGUCAAAAAACAAGUGACUGCGUGUUGUUCUUCUUCCUCUGAUGGUGAAUUUGAACACAAGCCUUCAAUAGCACUCAAGGCAAAAAGGACCCUUAGAAGAAGGAGAAAACUAGAAAAGGAAACAAAGCAACUGGUUAAACAAGAGGAACUGAAAAGACUUCAUAAAGCCCAGGCUAUACAGCGUCAACUGGAAGAAGUGGAGGAAAGACAGAGGGCCCUAGAGAUAAAUGGUGUUAAACUGGAGAGGGAACUGCGAGGAGAAUCAGAUUCAGGCACACAGGAUGAAACUCAGCUGUUACAUGAAUGGUUUGAGCUGGUCCUGGAGAAGAAUAAAUUAGUGCGUUAUGAGUCUGAGCUCUUGAUCAUAGCCCAAGAACUAGAACUGGAGGAUCACCAAAGAAGAUUGGAGCAGAAACUGAGAGAGAAAAUGGCCAUUGAUGAUAGCCUAAAAGAUGAACGAGAACUGAAUGAGGAACAUGAAAUUUUUACUGAGAUGAUGAAAGUGAUUGAAGAAAGGGACAAACUUGUGUCUUCCUUAGAAGAGCAGAGACUGAAGGAAAAGGCAGAAGAUCAGCACUUUGAAAGCUUUAUAUUAUCUAAGGGUUAUCAACUCACCAGGACUUAGCCACAUGCAAAUGUCUGGAACUUCAGCUAUAUCAACCAACAUGGAGACAGUCUUUUGACAAAGAUCUGGCUGAAAUUGAAGGAAUCAUAUCAUUUUAGUAUUAAACACUUUUAAACAGGCUCUUUGCUUGCACAACAGUGUCUCUAGUUCCACAUAGAUAAUUACAGGAAGAAACAUCGCAAUCUCAUUGUCAGCAAAAAAGGCUAGUCAUCCUGUGAGAUGGAAAAGAACUGAAUUCACCUGUGUGAUGGACAGUGUGUGAAAAUUACACUGGAGCUGUCCACUGUUUUCCUUUUCCCUGUAAUUUUAUUUUAAUUCUGAGAAUAGAGCUCCUAGAGACAUAACUACAUGAUCUGGUACUUUUGAAACAGCAAAAUUUUCCAUUUAUUUGUCUGAAUCUGUGUGUAUUUUUGUUUCUAUUUUGGCAUGGUUGAGCCACAAUGAACUGUAUCCAAGUGUCAAAAAUAAGCAUCACCAAUUAAAAAUCAGGUUAGUGUUUAAAAUGUAUUUCUAAAGGAGGAGGGGAAGAGUCUUUAGAAUACUGACUACACAUGUUGUAAAUAACAAGUGUAAAUGCAAGGUCAGGCAAAUUUAAUUAUCAGGUGUAUUUGCAAGCUUGAGUGCACUGUAUGUAUUGAAUGAGGACUUAAUACAAUAUUAAAACCUUACAUUAUGUAAAACUGUAACUUAAUACCAAAGGGAUUACUAUUCUUAACAAAAUGUUGUAGACUCAGAAGACCUUUUUUCUGUAGCUGACCAAAGUAAUCACUGAAAUAUGCUUGAAGAACAUUUUAAAAAAUUGAUUAACAUGUAUAUGGUAGGUUUUUCAAUAUGCAUUCUUCACAAAAGCAUGUAUUGUAUCUCAAAGUUAUCACUAGUUAGAGACUUGGCACAGAAUAACAACAAAAACUGUGGCAAAAUUAUUUUCUGCAUUUUUAUGCUGAUAGUUGAUGAUUGCUGCUAAGAUGAAUGCAUAAAUAAGACUGUCAAAGUUAUAUCUGUUUAAUGCAUUUUUUACUUUUAAAAACAUAGAAAAGUGCCUUCUAGCUUUUCUCGCACACGCACAGACAUAACAGAUCUUGUGCAAAAGAUUUCCUUAGGCUAUGUUUUCAAUUUACUGUGAGCAGUCUUCUAAAUCUGAGAUGAUUUUGUAAUUUACAGUUGAUUGUUUCUCCCAGUUGUAUGUAUGAUAGUCUGAAAAUUCAGUAUAAGAGACGUGGAGAAACUGGAGGACUGUUUUUGAAUAUUGUUUUACCUCAUUUUCUUACUGGAAGGGUUUACUGUUCUCAUUACUAAAUGAAAGGUGCUUAAAUGCUGUUUCUGCCUACAGGUCAGCAGAGGCAAAGGAAACUCUUCUAAAUGUAAUUGUAAAAGCUUUAGGCUAAUAAAAGCCCACUACACACUUGAUUUUGUUAAAAUAAUUUAUAAUCUACCUUAGUUUUUGUUACACUGAAAUUUCAGUGUAAUACAUAUUUUUAAAGAUAAAAUCCACAUUUUAUCAUCAUCCAUGGAUUAUCAAUAUAUUGUACCUCUGUAGGGGGUGAGAUAAGAAUACUAUUGUUCUACAGUAUUUAUCUAUUUAUAUUUAUUUGUAUAUGUAUCUGUUUACAGGAAAUACCAAUGUCUAAUAAUAUUUUACAUAGUUUGGUGAAUUCUCUCUGUGCUUUGGAUGGCAGCUAUGAGAUCUACAAUAACAUGCUGGUUAAGCCAUGCAUAGUAGAGCAGAGGAUUAUAUCAUUAAGGUAUACAAUAGGAACAAAAUAUUAAGUAAGACAUAAACAAUAUCUUCAGAUAUUACACAUAGGAAUACAUUUCUAACAUGAUGCACAGGGAUUUAGUUGCAUUACUUCCAUUAAUCAGUGGGAGAGGCAUAGCAGAAUCCCUGUGUAUAUUCAGAAUCUAUUCUCUAGCAUCUUUUUAUCUGUUAUAUGCUUGUAACCCUGAUCUUUGUGAGUCAUCUUCUUAAAUUGUCUCUCUUGUUUAAGGUGGACUCAGUGGUAUUUAUUGUUGAAGAUGAACUACAUAUAUAGUGGAGACCAAAAUUAAAUAAAUCCCAGGUUUCAAUGCAGACUUGCCUGUGUUUUGAAUGCGGUGGGACGAGGGAGGCAUUCAGGACAGAAAUAAACAUUUUUAAAGUUAAUUUUUCUCCUUUGAAAUCCAUUGGAACUUCCUGCUUUGCCAAGGAUUUUCUAGAUUUUUUUUCCUUCUGCCAUCACUGAUACCAGAAGUUUUAUGCAACUCAGUGAAGUCACAGAAUGAUGUGUUCUGGGAAAUCUGUAGCCUACCAGGAGGUGCUCAUAACUUCACAGGAGUUUUAAAAAGUUAUAGCAUAUAACUUAGCUCAGUGCCUUGCAUAGAUGAGAAAUUCAUCCCCAAAAUCCAGAAUUACAUCAAUCUUCAGUUUUGUUUUGCAGUUCACCUUUAUGAAAAAGAGGCCAUUCAUUUUAAUUUGUGUUACCCUCCUUUUCUCUGUGUGGCAGUAUAGAAAAGGGAUAAGGAGUGUAGAAAUAUACAAUAUAUAUAUGUCUUGUUGUCAGGGCCAGCUCCAAGUGGCAAAGAGAGAGAGAGGAAAAAAAACCGAUUGAGCUGCUGCCCAAGAGGAAGAGACGUAGUGAAGGGAGACUACAGUGGAGUGCUUAAGCUACCACCAAAGACCCGGACGUGCCGUCCUAAUAAUGGAUGGAGUGCCGCUCCUUUCUACUGGCCGCUCCAGGCACCUGCUUUCUUCGCUGGUGCCUGGAGCUGGCCCUGCUUGUUGUGAUGAGGAUGUUGCAAUCCUACCUUUCACAAAGCGUAACUUCCUCAUCCAAAGUAGGAUGCAUGAAUUACAAAUAAUCAGGUCAGUUCUAAUUAAUACACUGAUCCUGGAACUUCAGUUUACAACAGAUGCCUGCUCUGCUGUUGGAAAGCACAACACACAGGUCUGGAAAUGUACUCGGCACUACACUUUCCUUUUAGCUCUGAAGAACUAGGUUUUGAGGGUAUUUGAGACAACAGGACUUGAGGGCACUCGGCACCUUACAGGGUAAGGUCCAUAAAAGUGAUAGUCAGCAUUUUUCUGUGUGCUGACUUAGUUGUAAUAUGCAUGGUGCACAAAUCCCCUCUAAAUAGCUGGUCUCCUGUGAUUAAUUGCAAUCCCUCAAAUGGCAGGGGGAAUGCUCCUGCCUGGUGCUAUUCCCCCACUGAACCUGAGUACCUCACAAGAGCAGUUCUAAAAUAGUUGCUGGAGAUGUUUUAGAAAAAAGUAAAGAGUGAAGUAUAUGAACAGUCUUCACAGAAGUGUAGGGGUUGGGAGGAAAGAGAAUCCACACGCACUGAUCAUAGGCCAACAUGAUCUGUUUAUCUCAAACUCCAGAAAUACAUUUAAACACAAAGGUUCAUGUUUAAUUAUGAAUGUUCUUUCCCAUCAGUCUGCCUUUCCUGUAAAUUGGCUCACUAGCUUAUAAGGAAUUUAUUGACUUUAAAUCUUUGGCACUGUUACUGCUGAGUAAAAUGUGAUGUGGUGAACCAUAUGCCUAUGUCUAAAUUUACUACAUGUGAGCAGUUUUGUAUCUGAAAA